GAUUUGGAAGAGGGAAAGAGUUUGGCAGUUGGAGGGAUAGCACAACUGAGUGUGGCAGCGGAGCGCACGACGGACUCUGCUCCUACGGUUCAAAUUCGCGAUCGGAAUUGUGUUUGUGUUUCGUCUGUCGAGUUCAAUUGAUUGCUAGCGCAAAUUGGAUAUUCGAUUCAGGGAAUGAAUUGCUAUUUUGAGCUGUAGCUUAAUUAGGGAUUUGACUGAUUCAUGUGAAGUGUUGGGAAUGGAGCGACCGCAUCAGGUGGAAGCGGGGAGUCUCGAGGCGGCGCUGCUUCAGAUGAUUGGUGAUCAUAAUCAUGCCGCUGCUGAGCUACGUGAACGCACUGAUAAAGCAAAGCAAGAAGCAGUUAGAAAAGCUAUGAGAGUGUCGGAUUUGUUAGUGAAUGCCGUCAAUGGUGGCGUGCAAGAGAUCUUUAUAAAUGAAAAACGGAUUGAAAUGGAAAUUAGAGCACUUGCUCGAACUAUUGCACGAUUCUCAAAGCAGACGGAGCAAUGGCACGCAGCUUCCCAUGCUAUCAACACUGCUAUCAAGGAAAUUGGAGAUUUCGAGAAUUGGAUGAAGACAAUGGAGCUUGAUUGUAAAAGCAUUAGCGCUGCAAUCUAUAAUAUUCACCAGGAUUGAUUUGGAAAUGAUUGGUGCGGCGCACUCGGUUGUAAACAUUUCCAUGAUUUUAGGAUUCUCUUUCGAUGUGACUGCUCAUUUACCAUGUGCCUGCCAGCAGGUUCACUCUUGGCUGAUUCUUUAAAUUAUGUUGCGGCUUGGCACACAAUAUACCCCAUAACUACAUAUUUAUCACAUGUAGAUCAAGAAUUUCUCUUGUAUAUUUUGGAUUCUCUCAGUGCUACUCGAGCUAUGCGGUGUUGAUUGCUACA